AUGUUCAAGGUAUAUGCUCAUGAUAAUGAUUGUGGUGGAAGUAAUCCAUCAGAUGAAGCUGUUGAUUGUGUUCCUCGACCAUGUGUGAAUGAAUACUUUGAAUGUUCAACUAGUCAUUGUAUAAGUAAUACAAGUCGUUGUGAUGGUUAUGCUCAAUGGCAGGAUAGUUCUAAUAAAGCAGACUGUCCAUCAGGUUCUGAAGGUUGA